UAACGAGGGAAAAGCCCACUUGUUCAUCCUUAUCAAAAUUGUAAUUUGCUUAUUGACCUUUUAGAAGCUCCUUCCAAGUGGCCUCCCUUUUCCUUUCCUCCAAAAAAUCACUCUGCUCUUCCUUCCAUAUAUACAUGUAGAAUGUAGAAUACUACAAACACUGAAAAUAAUCCAACUCCAAAUUUUAUAUAUAUGCGCUUCUUAUUAUUAUCGCCCCGUCUUGUUAAUACACUACCAAUUCCAAACCCAGUAUUUAGUUUCUUCAAUUCGAACGCGCUUUUCCGAUUCCAAUUCCCAUUCUAUUCUCGUCAGUCUCACUACUUGGGAUCGACAAUCAUUCCUCCUACAAUGGCCUCAGCGAAGCCGAACAAAUCUCCGAUAGAGGAAGGUGUGGGUGUAGCCAGGAGGUGUUGGAUCAACUUCAACAAAGAGUCUACCUUUGCACUUUACACUCCUUUUGUCGUUUGCUUGGCUUCUGGAACCCUGAAUCUCGAUACUUUCCGACAUUACAUUGCUCAGGAUGUUCACUUCCUCAAGACAUUCGUUCAAGCGUAUGAAGCUGCAGAAGUGUGUACUGACGAUGAUGAUGCGAAGGUUGGCAUUAGUGAACUACGGAAGAAUAUUGUUGAUGAACUUAAAAUGCAUGAUGCAGUUUUAAAAGAGUGGGGCAUUGAUCUGGUCAGGGAGUGCACUCUUAACCCUGCAACGGCCAAGUACACAGAUUUUUUAUUAGCUACAGCUUCAGGAAAGGUUGAAGGGGUAAAAGCUGCUAAACUUGCCACGCCAUUUGAGAAAACGAAGUUGGCUGCUUAUACUCUAGGUGCUCUGACUCCUUGCAUGAGACUUUAUGCCUACAUUGGUAAGGAGCUGCAAGUGUUUCUUGAGGGGGAGAAAGUUCAUCCAUACAAGAAGUGGAUUGACAGUUAUUCUUCUGAAGGUUUCCAGGCAUCAGCGCUACAGACAGAGGACUUAUUGGAUAAACUGAGUGUCUCUUUGACAGGCGAGGAGCUUGACAUCAUUGAAAAGCUUUAUCAUCAAGCGAUGAAACUUGAAAUCCAGUUCUUCUUAGCCCAGCCACUUGUUCAGAAAGCUAUCAUCCCUUUGUCUAAAGAUCACAACCCCAUGGAACACCGGCUAACAAUAUUUUCUGAUUUUGAUUUGACAUGCACUGUUGUUGAUUCUUCUGCCAUCUUGGCUGAAAUUGCAAUUAUAACAGCACCAAAAUCUGAUCAAAAUCGACCAGAGAAUCAAAUUGCGAGGAUGUCGUUGGCUGAUUUCAGGAAUACAUGGGGAGAUCUCUCUAAGCAGUACACGGAAGAGUAUGAGCAAUGCAUAGAGAAGAUGUUACUUACUGAAAAAGCGGAAAAUUUUGAUUACGUAAGACUGCAUAGAACACUUGAGCAACUUUCUGAUUUUGAGAAAAGGGCGAACAGUAGGGUGGUUGAAUCUGGGGUACUGAAAGGUCUGAACCUUGAAGACAUUAAACGAGCUGGGCAGCGAAUGGUUCUUCAGGAUGGCUGCACCAACUUUUUCCAGAGCAUAAUAAGAAAUGAAAAUCUGAAUGCAGACAUUCAUGUACUCUCCUAUUGCUGGUGUGGUGACCUUAUUAGGUCUUCCUUUUCAUCAGGAGGCAUAGAUGGUCUAGAUAUACAUGCCAAUGAGUUUAUGUUUCAAGAAUCUCUAUCUACUGGUGAAAUUGUUAUGAAAGUUGAAUCCCCCAUUGACAAGGUUCAAGCUUUCAGUAAAAUUCUAAUGAACUGUCGCAACGACAAAAAGAAUCUGACGGUAUAUAUUGGGGAUUCAGUUGGCGACUUACUUUGCUUGCUGGAAGCAGAUGUUGGCAUUGUGCUUGGUUCGAGCUCAAGUCUAAGGAGGGUGGGGAAUCAUUUUGGUGUUUCUUUUGUUCCUCUUUUUCCAGGUGUUGUCCAGAAACAGAAGAUGUGCGCUGGGGUAGACUCAUCAAGUUGGAUGGGACUUUCUGGUGUUCUCUAUACUGCCUCUAGCUGGGCUGAGAUACAUGCUUUUGUAUUGGGAUCAUGAAUUUUCAAGUUACAUAUUCACCAUGGUAAUUAGGACAUAUGGAGAAACAACCUUACAUAGUAUAUCAAUACAUACAGUUUGUGGCUAGUUUUAUUGCAGGCCACAGAUCACUUCUGCUCCAUUUUUGUUUUUUCUACAGGAUCUCCUGUUCAGAAAUGUAAAUGUGAUUCAUUUGGCUGGAGAUUCUUUAUGAGUACAGCAAAUGUUAAA